AUGGCCACCAUGUGAGAAAUCAGAAAGAAAUUGGGAACUGGGGCAGUAUCACAUUACUUGAGGGCAUAAACAAUUGUGCAAAAACUUUUAGCCCUCUAAAAAACAAGACAUGUUUUCUGCAUCUUCUAAAGGCAAUUUUCUUUAUAUCAGAGGAUAUUGUAACAGAGCAUUUUUCAUCCUGUUACCUAAAUUAUUUUUCAGAUGUACUUGUUUAUUUUCACAUCAAUAUCUCUUACUUUCAGCACUGUUACUCAUAUACUCAAUUAUUCUAUUCUUGUAGAAAAAGCAACAGAAGUGAAUAGUGUUAUCAGAUAUAUUAAUGUAAAUAAUCAGCUACUUCUGUAUUAAUAGACAAAUUUGAAAAUGCAUCUUUUUCUCAAUGGUUUGGCCUUCUACAAUGCAUUUGCCCAGAGAAAUGUACUUGAGAAAUGUCUGUCUUUUCAGUACUAAUUUGUCACUGAAUGUAGGCUAGAACUACUUUAACACCAAAAGACCGUGGCAGGCUGUUAAUAAAUCUGUCAGUUUAGAGUCAUGUCAGAGCGUAACAAGCUAGGGAUCUACAUAGAAGAAAGAGAAAGACAAUGAAGAAGAAUUGUAGAGAUGUUUGUUUCUGAACAGUCAGCAUUCUUGUGAUUGCUGUGGUCACAAAUGUUUUUCUACGCCGUUCGAAAAGCGAAAGUUAAUGUCAAGAUCGCUGGAGCUCAAACAGAGAAAAUGCAUUCGUUCGCCGAAGCUGAUUUUUCUUGUCCCGUGUGUAAGGAAAUCUUCGAGGAUCGCGAUGUUUUGACAUGUGGACACAGUGUCUGCAAAGAGUGCCUUCAACAGUUCUGGAGAAGGAAGGAAUCUCAGGAGUGUCCCGUCUGCAUGAACCCAGCGGGUCAUGAUCCUAUACAUAACCUUGCGUUAAAAAACUUGUGUGAUCUGCUCCUGAAGGAGAGAAACGAGAGGCGUUCGUCGGGAUCUGAGGAGAUCUGUGGUGUACACCGAGAGAAACUCAAGCUCUUCUGUCUGGAGGACAAACAGCCGGUGUGUUUAGUGUGUAGAGAUUCACAGAAACACCUCAGUCACACAUUCAGACCCAUCGGGGAAGCCGUUUCAUCGUAUAAGGAGAAGCUCAAUACAGCACUGAAGUCCUUACAAGAGCAACCUGAGCACAGCGUGAAAAUUAAAAGAGAGUUCGAGAAAACAAUUCAACACAUAAAGUCUCAAGCUGAUCACACAGAGAGUCAGAUUAAACAGCAGUUUGAGAAGCUUCAUCGGUUUCUCAGAGAUGAAGAAGAAGCUACAAUCAGUGCACUGAGGGAGGAAGAGGAGCAGAAGAAGAAGAUGAUGAAGGAGAAGCUGGAGGAGAUCAACAGACACAUCUCAGCUCUUUCAGACACAAUCAAAGACACAGAGGAGAUGAUGAAAGACAACGAUGUCUGCUUUCUGAAGAAGUUUCCGGUCUCGAUGGAAAGAGUCCAGAUCUCAUCACAGCCGGAUCCACAGAUACCUUCUGGAGCUUUGAUUCAUGUUCCACGAUACUUGGGCAACCUGUCCUUCAGAGUCUGGAAGAAGAUGCAGGACAUCGUCCAGAACACUCCUGUGGUUCUGGACCCAAACACUGAAAAUCAGUGGCUCGUCGUGUCUGAUGAUCUGACCAGCGUGAGAAACAGUAGGAACAAACAACCUCUUCCUAAUAAUCCAGAAAGAUUUGAUUAUUAUCCAUGUGUGCUGGGUUCAGAGGGUUUUAACUCAGGGACACACAGCUGGGACGUGGAGGUUAAGGAGAGUUUAAGGUGGAGUCUUGGAAUAACUACAGCAUCGAACCAGAGAAAGGGAUGCGAUUUCUUCAGUGCUGAUGUCUGGAGUGUACGGUCUGAUCAGUAUGGACUGUCAGAAACGUUUAGUUUUCCUGUUAAACAGGACGUUGAAAGGGUGAGAGUGUAUCUGGACUACGACAAAGGAACGGUAUCAUUCUCUGAUCCGGUGACUAACACACAUCUACACACAUUCACAACCACCUUCACAGACACAGUCUUUCCGUUCUUCUGGAUUUCUGCAUUUUCCUCUCUGCGAAUCUUACAGUCUAAUUAGUAAACAUUACACCCCUAUGCUUGGAGCGGCCUGCCUUCCCUGGUGGUGAGGAUCCAGAGUCUUUGACAGCUCUGCUGCUUUGUGUUAGUAAUCUGAUCAUCUAACUCAUACUAGUCUGGUUAGAAGAGCAUUCUAUAAGGGUCUUUCAAACAUUGCUCAUUGUGCAAAUAAAAAAUAAAAAGUAUAACAAACAAUGAUGACUAUAAUGGUGACUAUAAUAAUAAAAGUUCAAAUAACUUUUCCACAAAGCGUCAGCAUUAAGAUGCAAACCUGAGAGCUCUCUCCAUAGACAGCAAGGGUACUAUGGUAAAGACACAGAAGCAUGAUAAGGGAUGCAUGCCCAUGCGUCAUGGCACACAUAAUGGCACUAGGGUGACACAGAGGAGAAAAUAGUUGAACAAAGGUUUUAUUUGCAUUCUUGUAGUUUCGUAAAAUUACUUCUGAACCACCGAUGUCACAUGGACUAUUUUGAUGAUAUGCUUGCCGUGUUUCGGUGCCUUGACCUUGGCAGGACCCUUACUGAGAGUAAACUAACAUUUUAAUAGUGCUACUUAUCUACAUUGUUGUUGUUUUGUUGGUGCACCUUCUUCAAGCUUCAUUAUUCCUGUUUACAUGCAGGAUGAUACAAAACAGACAGAAAGGCAAUCCGUCAGUAUGUGAAGAAAUCAAUGUGACAGAUUUGUUCAUGACAGACCCUUGGCGAUGUCUGUGACAUAUUAAGAGCAAUAGUUAAAACACAAAUAAAAUGUAUUAUAAGUAUUCAUGUUCUCUUUCUUGUUUUUUGUCUGAACUAUCU